CACAAUCAAUGAAGCGUCACGUGCUUCAAUAUGAAGGCCCCCCGCUAUAUAUUGAUGUCACUUGUUCCUACGAUUAAAGAGCAUGGUUUUUCUGGUGUGAGCUUAUUUCGUUUCAGACUCCGAGCUGAUUUGUUAAUUGGAAUAUCUGACUGAGAUGGAAAUUAUGGACAAAAACAGAAUGAACAUGCCCUUGGGAUCAUUUCGGUCACAGCUUCUCGUCAUCGCAUUAAUCAUCGUCUCUAUACUAGAACUCACCUUGUCGUUAAAUACAGAGAGUGAGAUAGAGAACGCCCUAGACACAGACUUGAUGACUGAUAAAAGGUACGCGAUGAUGUCAUACGGUUUCCGGUCACAUAACGGGGCUAGGCCUGCUUACCGCCAUUCCGGAAGUAGACAAAGAGUGUCAAGCUACCAGCGUCCUUGGGAACAACUUCCGGACUACAAAUGCUACCGGAAGCGUUGUUCAACUUCCUCCGAUUGCUGCAGACGAUACAAUGUGUGUGACCCUCAAGUCAAAGUUUGUUACGACUGUUGGUAUGGAUACAGCUGCGAGUCGUCUAGAGAUUGUUGUCAGAGGUACCCUUACUGCCACCCUCGGAAAAAAAUAUGCUACAACUAACUCCUACAAUAAAGAUAUAUUCUACAUUU